AUGCGUGGACAAGGUGUUGAAUGUGACAUGGGAUGGGCGGGCACGCAAACGCCCUCCCGCUCACGACCGCCCUCGCCCGCCUCAUCGACCGCUGUCACAGCCUUCGACAACUCCAACAAAUCCACGCCCGAAUCAUCGUCGCUCGCCCUUCGCUCGGCCACGAUGCCACCGCAGCUGUCCUGACCCGCAUCCUCUUCGCCUCCGCCUCCUCCUCCCUCCACUACGCCGCCGUCCUCUUCCGCCGCCUCCCCGCUGCGCCCACUCUGUUCGCCUACAACGCCCUCAUUCGAGCCAACUCCUUCGGCUUCUGCUCCCAACUCAACCCUCUCUCCCUCUAUUCCCAAAUGCUCUCCUCUGGUGUCCGUCCCGACCACCUCACCUUCCCUUUCUUAUUCAGGUAUUGCUCUCAUAUUCUCGACUCCGUCGUCGGGCAAAGCUUGCAUGUGCACAUACUUUGGCUCGGGUUUCACACCGAUGUUUAUAUUCAGAAUUCUAUGAUCCAUAUGUACGCUACUUGUGGGCUUAUUGAUUGCGCCGGUAAAUUGUUCGAGGUAAUGCCUCUUAAAGACAUUGUUUCUUGGAAUUCGAUGCUGAUCGGGUACUUGAGAUGCGGAGAGCUGGACUUGGCGUUGGAUUUUUUUCUUGGCAUGAGGGAGAGGAAUGUGAUCACUUGGAAUUCGAUCAUCACUGGGUUCGUCCAGGCUGGGCGGUCGAGGGAGGCAUUGGAUUUGUUUCAUGAGAUGCUGAUUCUGCAUGAUGAUAAUGUGAAACCCAAUAAGGUCACCGUUUCAAGUGUUAUCUCAGCAUGUUCUUCUUUGGGAGCGCUAGAUCAGGGGAAGUGGGUGCAUGGCUAUCUGAAGAAGCAGUCUUUGGAGUUUGAUGUCGUGAUUGAGACCGCUUUGAUCGACAUGUACGGAAAGUGUGGGUGUGUGGAGAGAGCUAUUGAGGUAUUUGAGAAGAUGCCAAAGAAGGAUGUUUUGGCCUGGACGGCUAUGAUCUUGGUAUUUGCAGUCCAUGGACUUGCAGAGGAGGCUUUUGCUCUUCUAGAACAGAUGGAGAGGCAUCGGGUGAUGCCUAACCAUGUAACUUUCGGUGCUCUGCUGAGGGCUUGUGCUCAUUCGGGAUUGGUAGAGAAAGGGCUUUGGUGCUUUGAUAGGAUGAAAGCUACUUACUUGAUUGAGCCACAGCCACAGCAUUAUGCAUGCAUGGUUGAUUUACUUGGCCGAGCAGCUCUUUUUGAAGAAGCUGAACGGCUCAUAAGAAGCAUGCCGAUGGAACCAGAUUCGUUUGUUUGGGGGGCAUUACUUGGUGCUUGUAGGAUGCACGGAAACGUGGAGGUUGGAGAACGGGUGGCUAAUUAUUUGAUAGGAUUGGAUCCUCAGAAUCAUGCUUUCUAUAUAACACUUUCAGAUAUUUGUGCCAAGGCUAAAAGGUUUGGGGAUGUGAAGAGAAUUAGGUCUUUUAUGGAAGAGUGUGGGAUAAGGAAAACUACGCCAGGUUGCAGUAUGAUUGAGGUUGAUGGCCAGGUGCUUGAAUUUUCUGCCAAAAGAGUGCCCAAGGAUCUGAGAAAUGAAAUUGAGUGGGUUUUAGAUGCGAUUAAUGUUGAAUUGAGGUAUAAUUUUCCUCAUCAUGAUGCUGAUAACCUUCAGGCUGAGUAUGUUCGGUUGAAAUUUCAUCAAACGUGACCUUAAAUGACAGGAAAAGAUCAUUGAAGCUAAAUGUAGUUGGUUGUUGGUACUUGGUAGUUUUUCAGGCUGUAAUAUUGGUUUUCCAUGGCCCACCGGAUAUCUUUCGAAGAAGGAUUCUUGUACUUCUGAGAAGUUAUCACUGAAGAUGGAUUAUUUUCUUGUGGAAGAUUUCUCACCAAUAACUUGUGAGUGGAACUGAUCUAACAUCGAUGAAGCUAGACAUGUAGUGGCACAAUACCAAGUUCACACCGGUCUCUUACACUGCAAUAAACAAGAAGAUGAUCUUCUCUCCAAGACUUUAUCCUUCUCUGCUUCAUAUUUGUCUGCAAACCAAAUAUUAUUCAGAAAUCCACAACUAAGAGAAAUGUUGCUUCGAUCAGCAAGCUUUUGUACCAAUGCAGGCUUGAUCUUCUCUCCUUUCCAGUCAAACACAUUGAAAGCUAAUGCAGGCCCCCUGUCAAAUUUUAUUCGUGGACCGUAUAUUUUAACCAGGGAAUGGCCACUUUCUGAAUGAGGAUGCCGCAGCUUCUUCAAAGCAACGACCAACCAGUUGGUGAUGCAUCUCAGUCUGCUGCUGAUGAGUAGCAGACCCAGUGAGUCUGCAUGGUCUAAUCCUCUGCACACAAUCUCCAUACUCUUGUCUGCUCCAGACGUGGUCUCCUCUGCUUGCAUAGAAUGGUCCAAUUCUAGUUCUACUAUACUUGAUGAUGUUUCUUCUUUCUCAUCUUGUGCUUUGGAACUCUCACCCUGGUUUGACUUCUUGACUUGCUUUUGUUUUUCUGUGACAGCACUUUCACCGAACACAUCAUCUGCACUAGCAGAACCAUUACAGAUCUGUGUAGGAAUUGGACCAGAGAAUGAACUAAUUGUCUCGAUAUCAUCCUCCUCGAAUUGGUUUCUGGACGAGUGAGCAUCCAAGUCUGUUCCUGAAUAAUCAUCGGUCUGCUGUGACAGCCUUCUUGCUGGGAUGAUGCUGACUAUUCCAAUGCUCCUGGCGAUCGUUGAUGGCUCCAACAUUGCAAUGCUGGACUUCUUGAUGAAGAGCCCUGCGAACCCAGAUGGAUUUUCACCGAACACCUUGAAGAAAGAGCAGAUGAUAAAGUCUGGUUGGAUCAGCGACAGUCCAAGGGUGUCAAGGUCCUUCGGCCCCAGAGCACAUGCAUCCAGCACAACCUGCCAUCCGUUUUCCUUGGCCACAGUCAUCCAUAGGUAAGGAUACCUGGCCCCGGUAAUCCUGGAUUGAAGUGGGAAGACAAAUAGUCCUCUUUUCUUUUUCUUUCUCUUGCUUAGCUUCUCCAUUAAGCUCCCAGAAUGAAUCCUCAGACUUGGCCAUGAGAAGCUAGCAGACGUGACUUUGGCUCCUCUCUUUUGGGCGCUCUCGAUCAUUGCAGUCACAGCUUCGCUCUCGUAAUCAUAUACACAUAGCAACCCCUUGUUGGCAUGGAAUGGGUAGGAUUCUGCCAACAGCCUGAAAGCUGUAUUCCUGUUUGCAGUACAGACCAUGCUGUAUUCAUCGUCCAGUAUGUUGAGGAAAUGCAUGAUUCUCUUCCUAAUUGACGACUCCAGAGCAGUAUCCUGGUUCCCAUACUGCACUUGAGAUUUCAAGCUUGCUGACUGGUAAGAGAUGCUGAAGACUGGAGGCUGCAAGAGGGUCGAAGGUGGAGGAUUAGAGGAUGAGGAUGCUACAGAGGAGUGCAUUUGUGUGUGGGAGAAUAGGCUGAAUCCAGUAUAGUCGAGGCAGACAUGGCUCGAGAGAUGAUAAUAUUCGCUGUUCCUGAUGUGAUCUGCUUGCUGUGUCUCACCAUACUGUGGGUAGACUGUGAUGAAGCUGGAGAAGGCAUCAGGAAAGGCAGGCAGGGACUCGUCGUUGACAAAGUUGGUGUUUGGGAAGAUGGAAUCUGUCGUCAGCUUCACAAAGUUCAAGCGUGAGAUCCUAGUGGUGGUGGCUCUCCUCUGCCGCUUUGUGUUGCCGGAUUCAACCAGAUUUAGUAAAGGUAUGGAACAGCAGCCGGUGGCACAUGCCUCAGAGGGCUCCUCUAUCUUAUUUUCACCUCCUUGUUCAUGCUUGUUGCUUUCUUUGUCUCCUCCAGUAGCCUUCAUCAGCCUUCUGAAGUACUUGUGGAUGAAGAAGAGCAUGGCGUUUCAUGGGAAGAGAGGUGCUGUCAGGGAACUAGUCGGCUUAGAUAAAUACAACUUUCUUGCUUCUGAUAUCUUCCGAGCAGACUAAGUUGAUAUUAAGAGUGGGACAUCUUUUAGGCUCUUUAUUCCCUUUUAACAUCCAAAAUGGCAGGUUUAGACCUACUGCCCAAUUACUCAACACAACUAUGCAUUACUGUUAAGGAUAAGUAGAUGCUUGUACCUCCUUGACCGGAAGACGAUAAGGGUACAUACUGUGACUGGCUGCUUCUCCAUACCAUUUUUAUCUUGGAGUGAUGCUUCACCUUUAUCCAUGCAAUUAUUUUUACCUACAUGGUCAAUUUCAAGCUUCAGAUGGAUUUACUGCUUGCUACAAUGUAUAACAGAUUUUUUGCAUCUAUGAAAAAGAUCUGGAGGUUGGUUUGGUCAUUGUAUCAGAUUAUACAUGCUGUAAGAGUGCAUACGCAAGUGGACAGGUCGGUCACUGUAAUGGAUGGCUACAAGCACGCUCUGAUGGUAGCAGCUAGCCUAACGCGUGACAUGGCUUAAUUGCUUCCUUUCAGCUGUUUGACAUCUAAAUGUGUGUGAUUCUUGAAUUGGUCUUUCAGCUGCUUAACAAGGAUUGUUCAGCCAGAAAUCCUUGCUCAUAGGAUGCUUUUUAGGUAACUGUGACUUGCGGAAGCUUUUUGAUUCAGCCAUGCUGUCUCUACAAGACCUAAAUAAUGCAUUUUGGUAGCAGACUGCUCUGUGUCAGCAAAUAGUUUACUUUAAACAAGUAAUUUAUUUUUUCAGAA